UCUCAGCCGCCCAUUCUCCCUUAUCUGCAUUUCAUCUCCUGGUAAGCGAAGAAGAUCCUCAUUCUACUGCUUGACAACUCUCUCUCUCCUCCUCUCUUUCUCUCUCUAGCGUCCACAAAACCAGGGUUUUUGUUGGGUGUGAUUGGUUCUAGGGUUUUGAAGCGGUAUUCGAGGAUUUUGUGAUGGAAAAUGGGGUGGAAGCUAUUGAUAUAAGCCAUUUGGGGGAGAUGAAGGGCGUGGAUGAUAGGGUUUUUGAGGAGAGAGUCGGAGAGGGUGUAGUGUCUGGGUCGGAUGAGUCGAAGGAUUCGGAAGGGGAUGAGAUUUUUGAGGAGGCGGUGGAUCAUCCAAUGAAAUUGGAAUCGGGAAAUGUUGUUGUAGAUGAAGAUGGGGAUGGUAAAGUAAUUGAUGAUUCAGAGUCAGUGGGGAUUGACGGGAAUUUGAAUGUAGGGCAUGAGGGGGAGACGUUUGAAGAGGCAAUUGGGGUUUCUGGUGAAGUUAGGAAUAGUGAGCAGGCUGUGGCGGGAGGUGUUGAAGCGGAAGUGGAAGGUUUAGUGGAUAGGGAGGGUGUUGAUGGGGUUGGGAAGGUAAACAACAUUGAUCAGGAAAGUAUUUCCAAGGAAGUGGUGACAGAUGAUUUGACUGGGUUGGUGGAUAGUGAAGAAGAUAAGGGGAAGGAGGUGUCUGAUGCAGGUAUGGAUGGAGGGAUGGACCUUUUGAAGGAUGGGAAUAAGGUGGAUGAGGUGUUUAGUGUGGUACUUGAGAAGUCUGAAAACAAGGAUUCAGAUGAUUUGAAUUUGGAGGCAAGGCCGGCUUAUGAAAACUCUGAAAAUGGAGAAUCCAAUAAGGUGGGUAAAAAUGGCAUUGAUUCUGAUCAUGAGCAUGAAGCCAAUGGAGGGUUUCUGCAUGAAGAUAAUAAAAGUGAGGACUUGAAGACGAGCACCUUGAAUACUGAACAUCAAGAUGGUGAGAGCGGGGAGCCAAAAAACACUUCAUCUGGCGUCUCUAAGGGGGAAAACCAGAAGGAAGAUCAACCUGUCUUAGACAUGGAAUGUAAAAAUGAGGAGAGUGGAGAGCUAAAAGGUGCUUCAUCUAAUGCUGAAUAUGUGGAUGGUAAGUAUCAAGAAGCAAAUGAUAGUUUGACUAGCUUGGAUGCGGAUCAUCAAGAUGAUAACAAUGUGGAAUUGAGGGUUAGCCUUGGUUCAAGGCAUGGAGAGGAUAAGGGUGAGGAACAGGGGGAAACUUUGGCUAACUUAGUUACAGAACAUCAAGAUAGCCAGAGUAGGGAGCCGGAAGAGAGUCCUGUGAGGUGGGAAUCAGAGCAUCACGGUGAAAGUGCUGAACCAAAAGUCAUUUCAGCUAAUAUGUACACUCCUGUGGAUGAAGGGGUUUCCGCUUCAGGGACAGGAAGGUCACCUUCUGUAGAAGAUUCUGCUAUUGAAAAGAGUGAGAUGGAGCAAUGUGCCAUAGAAGAUUCUACUAUUGAGAAGAGUGAGACAAAGCAAGGUGUCACAUCUGAAUUGGCAGCAGCCGAUAAUAUAAGUCCUCAGCCGGAGCGUGCUGUGGAAAAUGUAGCUGAAGUUAAAAACAAAUAUGUUGUGUUUGAGGAGCAGGAGACAAAAGAACCAAACAUGGAGAAGGAGGAUCAAAAAAUUCAAGGGAAUAGGGAACGAGAAAUUCGUCCCGCAGAACAGGUUGCUUCAUCAUCUGGAAGAUCUUCAAAUCCUGGUCCUCCUCCUGCUCAUCCUGCUGGCCUUGGGCGUGCUGCCCCGCUGUUGGAACCUGCUUCGCGUGUGGUGCAGCAGCCUCGAGUGAAUGGAACCACAUCCCAGGUACAAGCUCAACUCAUUGAAGAUGCUGGAAAUGGGGAGGCUGAGGAAAAUGAUGAGACCCGUGAAAAACUCCAGAUGAUACGGGUGAAGUUUUUGCGGCUUGCUCAUAGGCUUGGGCAGACUCCCCAUAACGUUGUCGUGGCUCAAGUCUUGUACAGACUUGGAUUGGCUGAACAGCUACGAGGGAGGAAUGGGGGCCGUGUUGGUGCCUUCAGCUUUGACCGUGCUAGUGCCAUGGCUGAGCAGCUUGAGGCAGCAGGGCAAGAGCCCCUCGAUUUCUCUUGCACAAUCAUGGUUCUUGGAAAGACAGGAGUGGGUAAAAGUGCAACUAUCAACUCAAUAUUUGAUGAAGUGAAGUUUAGUACUGAUGCUUUUCAGGUGGGUACAAAGAAGGUUCAGGAUGUUGUGGGAACAGUUCAGGGAAUUAAGGUAAGGGUCAUUGACACUCCGGGCCUUCUACCAUCCUGGUCAGACCAACGCCAGAAUGAGAAGAUCCUCCACUCUGUUAAAAGGUUUAUCAAGAAAACCCCUCCAGAUAUUGUUCUGUAUCUUGAUAGGUUGGACAUGCAGAGCAGGGAUUUUGGUGACAUGCCGCUGUUGCGCACAAUAACUGAAAUAUUUGGACCAUCAAUAUGGUUCAAUGCAAUUGUGGUUCUUACUCAUGCAGCAUCUGCUCCACCUGAUGGCCCAAACGGUACUGCUUCAAGUUAUGAUAUGUUUGUCACUCAGAGGUCUCAUGUUGUCCAGCAAGCAAUUCGUCAGGCAGCUGGGGAUAUGCGGCUCAUGAACCCUGUGUCCUUGGUAGAGAACCACUCUGCAUGCAGAACAAAUAGGGCCGGGCAGAGAGUUUUACCAAAUGGUCAGAUUUGGAAGCCUCAUUUGUUAUUGCUCUCCUUUGCGUCAAAGAUUUUGGCUGAAGCAAACACGCUUCUAAAGUUGCAAGAUAGUCCACCUGGAAAGCCUUUUACAACACGAUCAAGAUCACCUCCUUUACCCUUCCUUCUCUCAUCUCUUCUCCAAUCAAGACCACAGGUAAGACUGCCAGAGGAGCAGGUUGGUGAUGAGGACACUUUAGAUGAGGAUUUGGAUGACUCGUCUGAUUCAGAUGAUGAAUCAGAAUAUGACGAAUUGCCACCAUUUAGACGAUUGACAAAAGCCCAGCUGUCAAAGCUUACUAGAGCUCAGAAGAAGGCUUAUUAUGAUGAGCUGGAAUAUAGGGAAAAACUUUUUAUGAAGAAACAGUUGAAAGAAGAGAAAGAGCGACGGAAGAUGAUGAAGAAAAUGGCAGCUUCUUCUAAGGAUUUACCAAGUGACUACAGCGAGAACGCAGAAGAAGAAAGUGGUGGUGCUGCAUCUGUGCCAGUUCCCAUGCCAGAUUGGGCCUUGCCUGCUUCUUUUGAUUCUGAUAAUCCAACUCACCGUUAUCGAUAUCUUGAUUCAUCCAACCAGUGGCUUGUGAGGCCUGUUCUGGAAACUCAUGGUUGGGAUCACGACGUUGGUUAUGAAGGCAUAAAUGUGGAAAGAGUGUUUGCUAUUAAGGACAAGAUACCUGUUUCUUUUUCAGGCCAGGUUACAAAGGAUAAAAAGGAUGCCAAUCUCCAAAUGGAAAUAGCCAGUUCAGUUAAGCAUGGGGAAGGAAAAGCAACUUCUGUAGGUUUUGAUAUGCAGACGGUUGGAAAGGACAUGGCAUAUACUCUGCGCAGUGAGACAAGAUUUUGUAACUUUAGGAAAAAUAAGGCAACAGCUGGUCUUUCUAUUACUGCCCUGGGUGAUGCCAUAACAGCUGGAUUAAAACUUGAAGACAAAUUGAUUGUUAACAAACGGAUCCGGCUGGUUAUGACUGGUGGUGCCAUGACUGGCCGUGGUGAUGUUGCUUAUGGUGGUAGCUUGGAGGCCACCCUAAGAGAUAAAGAUCAUCCUCUGGGUCGUUCGCUAUCAACUCUUGGGCUCUCCAUCAUGGAUUGGCAUGGAGAUCUUGCUAUUGGAUGCAACAUACAGUCCCAGAUCCCUAUUGGCAGGUUUACAAACAUGAUUGGUCGUGUCAAUUUGAAUAAUAGGGGAGCGGGGCAGGUCAGCAUACGCUUGAAUAGCUCAGAACAGCUUCAAAUAGCUUUAAUUGGUCUGGUUCCUCUACUCCGGAAGCUACUUGGUUAUUCUCAACAAGGACAGUUUGGACAAUGAUGAAAAAUAGGUUAUAUAUGGUGCUGCAACAGCUUUGCGGUAAUAGGAAAAAGUGUCUACAAAGGUUAUCUCCUUAUGGUCUGCAACAGAUGUGAGUGAAAUGAAGCUCUGCAGUUUUCCCCUUCUCACAUCCCCACAAUGUCUUAGUUUACAGUGAUUAGAGUUUCCUUGUUAGAUAUCUGCAAUUUGUGAUUUUUGUUCUCUGAAAAGCGUAAUGUUUAAUGCUUAAUGCUGAACCAUCUAUUUCUAGUUGUUCAAUUGUGUCUUCUUCUAAAUCAUUCAACUCCUAUGGGUGAGGAAUUGAUUUA